AGAAGUAACCGAGAGACAAUAAUAUACGAAUGCUGAAAUGAAUACGUGUUCCUCUUUUAUUCAUUUAUUUGUUUUAUUGUACAGCACAAACGCGGCUGCCUAUAGUGGAGAUGAAACUUCCCCUGCAGGAAACCACUGUGUCAACUACACUAGAAAUCAUGAAAACCAAACUGAAUGCACUUUGUGUUUCUUUCCACAAAACUGCUUGACCAACAACACUUGUAAAGAAGGGACCAAAGGGAAUACAUGUGAACAGUGCACCUCUAGUUCUGAAGGCUAUGCUAUAAACAGUUAUAGAAUAGGGAAUACCUGUAUUUCGUGUGAGGCUAUGCCAGUGACCACUGUUGCAUUUGGAAUUUAUGUCAUACUUUUCAUAAUGGCAGUCAUUACAAAUGGAUUCAGUGGCUCUCUCUGUACAAAGCUCAAAGUUAUAUGCCAUUUUCUCCAGAUGCUGUAUCUGACAUUUCUCAUCAAGAUCCAAUGGCCAGUGCUUAUUCAGAAAACAGUGAUGAGUCUGGCAUUUGUUACCUUCAAUUCCAAUAUUAUCCCACUUAAAUGUUUGAUACCCUCUCUCUCUUUCCUAAGUAUCCACUACCUAGAGUGGACCAGCUCCUUCCUGAUUGUGAUCAUUAUUAUCCUCAUUACAUUUCUUGUGGACAGGAGUCUGCAGGGUACUACUAUUCAAAACAAAACUGGUAAGGUCAGAAAACAGAAGAAAUGGCAUUAUCGUGUGACUUUCUUGAGGAUGAUGUUCUUUGUGACAGUAGCUAUGUACAUGCCCAUUACUUUGUCCGUGGCCCAUAGUUCACUCUGCUCUGGAAUAAUUCCUGCUAAAGUCACACUAAAUGCAGAAGAAAAUGUGUUUUUCUACCUCCAAGAAGAAUCUUGUGACCAGAUUAUAUUCCAGAAUAUUCAGUUUAUCGGCACCAUUUUCCUGAUAUUUUAUGUUCUUCUCUUUCCUGUUCUAAUCGUCUUUAUAUCACUGAGGCAGAAGAAAUGGAAAUUAUUGUCAAAAGUUAAUCAGGUGAACAGACCAUUAUACGAGUCAUAUCACCCUCGGUGCUGCUUUUGGGAAGCAUUUCCAAUGAUCCGAAAAUUAAUCAGCAUAUCAGUCACAGAUAUUUAUCCACUAAGUAUUUUCAUACAGUGCUUGAUUCAAUUGUCAACAACCAGUGUAUAUUUCAUUCUCCUCAUUCUACUGAGGCCAUACAGGUCAGUUGUAUGGGGUAGCAGAAAAACGGAGAUCCACACAUUUUUUGAGAUAUUGUCAACUCUGACAGUAGGUUUGAUGCAGUCUUUACCCCUCCUGAUGACCCUGGGAACAAACACCCCCACCCUAGAGUAUCUGAUUCUCGGUUGUAUUGGAUUGACACUGUUAAUAGGAGUGAUCAUGAUUUUUUUGACUCCAGUGGAAAAAGAGGAAGGGAUAACUCCAUCAAAUGGAAACCUAGGCUCUUCUAGUGAAAGUCUGCAUUCUCGACACAACAAAGUGGCACCAGCCCCCAUUACUUACGAAGAGGUCAUUCAAGAGAGGAGGAGACAUUUAGAAUUUUAGAGGAUUUACACUCAUUUAGAAUAAAAUGUUUACACACAAAGGCAUGUUAUUCAGUACAUGUAUUUCCAAGACACUUGCUGAAAAUAAUGAACAACUGAUUUAUUUGUUGUGCUUAUUUUUUUCUUCAAUAAAUUUCAAGUUUC